GAACGCUGUACACAACCCGCCCCUCCCCCCGCUCUGUCCCUGGCGGCCGCGGCGCGGAGGGAGCGACGGAGGAGCGGAGCUUGCACUUAGAAACUUCCCCAUCACCCUGCUUCUGCCUGGAUUCUUGCUGCAGCUGAAGAAACAGAGCACGUGUGUUUAUAACCUUCAGGUUCAGACAGAAUGAGUGCAGUAAGAAGGAAAGUCCGUGCUUUUGUGCGAGUCAAGCCAACAGCUGAUUUUCCUCAAGAUGUAAUCAGAUUUGGGCCAGACAACAAGAGCAUAGAUAUCUCCAUCAAGAGAGACAUUAAGAAAGAAGUUGUCAAUAACAAACAGACUGAUUGGUCCUUUAAAUUGGAUGGUGUUCUUCACAAUGCAUCACAGGACUCAGUUUAUGAAGCAGUAGCAACACAGUUGGUGUCUGAAGCACUGGGUGGCUAUAAUGGCACAAUUAUAUGCUAUGGACAAACAGGAGCUGGUAAAACUUAUACCAUGACAGGACUAGGUAAAAACUACCAGCAUCGAGGGAUCAUACUCCGAGCUAUACAACAGGUGUUCAGGGCAAUUGAAAAACAUGUUGAUCAGUCCAUCACUGUCCGAAUAUCCUACCUGGAAAUCUACAAUGAGGUCCUCUUCGAUCUUUUGUCCUCUACAUCAGGAAACACAGCAGGGAAUGUUCAGAUGAACAUAGUGGAUGGCCCACAAGGUGUUCACGUGAAGGGCUUGUCUGUGCAUCAUGUUAGCUGUGAGGAAGAUGCUUUAAGUCUCCUGUUUCAGGGUGAAACCAGCAGAGUAAUAGCUGAGCACACUCUGAAUAAAAACUCCUCCAGGUCCCAUUGCAUCUUUACAAUCUAUCUUGAAUCUCAUUCCAGAAUAUUGUCAGAUGCCAAAUACAUCACUUCAAAAAUUACCCUGGUUGAUCUUGCGGGUUCAGAACGGCUGGGAAAGACUGGGUCCGAGGGGCAGGUUCUGAAAGAAGCCACCUACAUCAACAAGUCUCUGUCAUUCCUUGAACAAGCCAUCAUUGCACUAGCUGAUCAGAAGAGGGACCAUAUCCCCUUCCGGCAAAGCAAGCUCACUCAUGUGCUUAAGGAUUCAUUAGGAGGAAACUGCAAUACUGUCCUGGUGGCAAAUAUCUAUGGUGAAGCUGCACAGAUAGAAGAAACUCUGUCCUCUCUCCGUUUCGCUACCAGAAUGAAAUGGAUCACAACGGAGCCAACCAUCAAUGAGAAGCAUGAUCCACAGCGGAUUGUGAAGAAUCUGCAGAAGGAGAUUACUCUUCUGAAACAAGAACUGGCCAUGCAUGACAGCUUGGUAAACCGCUCGCCAGUGAAUUAUGACCCUCUGAACGAAACCCAGAUAGCAGAGAUUAACUCUCAAGUCCGCAGGUACCUGGAAGGAGCCAUAGAUGAGAUUGAUAUAAUGAACAUCAGGCAAAUCCAAGAGAUAUUUAACCAGUUCAAAGUGAUUCUAAGCCAACAAGAGCAAGAAGUGGAAGCCAGGUUACGCACCAAGUACAUCCUGAUAGACAAAAAUGACUACGCAGCCAUUAAUGCUGUUCAGAAGGCUGGCCUAGUUGAUGCAGACGGUCAUCUGGUGGGGGAAGUGGAUGGACAAGGGUUUGGGAUUGGAAUUGCCCCUUUCUUAUCCAAGCAGGGUGGGAGGAGAGCAAAAGCCAGAAGAGUCAAAGAGCUGGCCAGCCUCACACCCAGGAAGGAAGGUUCUGUAAAAGACCUGGAGUCUUUUUCCAUAUCAAGAAGCCAACUGGUGAGUGCAAACAAGGAUCUGGACAUGAAGGAGGGAAAGGAACAGGACGCAGCCAGUAUUGAAACUCACCGCUCAGAGAUGGCGCCCAGAGAGGAUUCCAACCGACCGAGUACCCCUCCCUUGAAGCCGGUGGCAUUUGAGGACUUCAAAAAUGAGCGUGGGAGCGAGAUCAACCGGAUCUUCAAGGAGAACAAAGCCAUCCUCAGUGACAGGAAGAGGAAGGCAGGCGAGAUAACCCAGAGGAUCAACCUCAUAAAGCACCAGAUGGACAUCACCAAGGAGGCCCUUGAGCUUCAGAAGCAGGAACGGGAGCUGCAGGGGGAGUAUGUUGAUGAGAAAGGACAGAUCAUAAUCGACGAGGAGGAGUUCUUGCUGAUCAUGAAGCUCCAGGAUCUGAAGAAACAGUACAGGUCUGAUUAUGAUGAACUGCAGGACCUGAGGGCAGAAAUCCAGUACUGUCAACAGCUGGUGGGCCAGUGCCGCAGCAGACUGAUCUCAGAGUUUGAAAUCUGGUACAAUGAAUCCUUCCUUAUUCCCGAGGGCAUGCAGGAAGCGAUAAAACCCGGUGGCAACAUCCGACCUGGUAUGAUCCCCAUUAACAGAGUCAUGUGUCUGGACGAAGAUGAGCAGGAGAGGUUUGACCGGAUGCAGAAAGCAGCGUUGCCAGCCUGCCCAGGUUCAGUCCCCUUCUACAAUGCCAAAUCGAAGAUGGAGCAGCAGCACAGUUACCUCAGAACCGUGACCUCGCUCCAGCAAAUGCAGAAGAAACCCGGACUCCUCCCAGCUGCCACGAAGAACAAACCCUUAUCGCUUCUGCACAUCGUGUGACGGAUACAGAGGCAGAGCGGAGCCCUCUGCACGCUGGCCCGCGUGAGGGAACUAAACCAAACGACCUCAGACAGCUCCCGCCUUUAUUUUUGGGGUAGACUGAUCAAGAAAUAAAGCUGUAGUAAUGAAAAA